ACCAAUCUACGGUGUUCUAUGGGACCUCCUUGUUUACCGAGCAGGCUGUGGAUGAUGAGGGAGACACACUAAUCUAUACAUGCAACGUUAGCAACAGCAACAAUCCUCUUACCUGUGAUACAAGUAACUCUAUAUUACACAUACGAUUAAGACGGAAUGUGAGUAUAAUCAAUGAAGAAAAUGCGGUGUUUUCAAUACGAGUUUGCGUCGGUGACCGAAAGCAUGCAAAUUACGAAUGCGGAACACUGGAGAUCACUUUUAAUUCCACUCACUCGUACCCGGGUAUAAUAAACCUGCCGGACACAAUCUACGUCCCUGAAAAUGCUUCGGUAGACACAGUUCUCUUUACACCCAACGUAUCUGAUGUCGACCUUCCUGCUGAGAACCUGACUUUCACCGCGAAGUUUUUUCCAUUAAGUGCCGCGUCGUUAUUCGCACUUGACAAGUCAACUGGUCUUGUAAUACUAAAAAAGAGACUGGAUUUUGAGUCUCUCUCCACCUACUCUAUACUGAUGGACGUACAUGAUAACUAUUUGUCGAGCCUCGUUUCCAAGAAACUUGUCAUCAACGUUACAGACGUGAACGAACAAAAUUACCUGCGGGCAACGAAGACAACGACUAUAACAUUUAAAGAGUCAAAGAAAAUCGGCACAAAGUUCGACUUUGGCCUGCAAUGCACUGACGAGGAUUUCUACGAUGAACAAACUCUGACAAUUGUAGGCGGUUCGUACAUGGACUUCUUCAGACUCAACAAUACUGACAAGGUUAUAUACCUUGCCCAAGAAUGGAAUUUGGAGGACAACAUGACGUCAAACACCAUUAUUGAAGUGCAAUGCGAAGACACUGGAGGCCACAGAUCAAAUGUGAAUCUGAACUUUAUUAUCGAAGAUGUUAAUGACAACAAACCGGAGAUGACUGUCACCUUCAGUCCCGGCUGGUCAAGUAAUUUACAGAUCAACUCGAAGACUUCACUGUCAACCGUUUUCCUUGUUGUAUUCGCAUACGACGCUGACAUUGGCGAUUCAAACUUCGUUUUCAAAGUGUUGGGAAACGGCUUAGGGCGAAAAUACUUCCGCUUGGUAGCGCGAGAAUCGAGAAAACGCUCCACUGGUGCAACAAUCGCAGAACUUAAACUAAGACAAGCAAUGAAGCUGAAUUACCACAAACAGUUUGUUUUUCAUAUUAUGGUCAGUGACGGGGGUUCGCCGCCGAAAUUUUCAGCAUUUCCAUUGUCGGUUAAUUACACAGCAGAUGAUCCUAUUCCACAAGCUGCGGAAUCGUCUAAUUGUAUCACCUGUUCGUCCAAAGGACAGCUGCUUAUUGGAAUGUUGGCGACUGAAUGUGUCAUUGUCGUCGUCUUGAUAACACAUGCUCUCUAUGCAUUCGGACUCAUUUUCAAAUCGGGAUAUCCCGUCGUUGCAUUGAAAAUCAAACCUUUGGCUAACCCUCGCAUGAAAGUAAUGAACAUACCCACUAACAAGAAGUUCAGCAUACAGCCAGCUCCACCAUUCAAGCGUCAGAGUUACAGCAACAGUAGCAGUUCCUCAUCCGAAAGCGACGAUGAACAGGUUUAUACACGAGUGAACGAGACGAAGCUAUACAGGCUGUCCAGAGAUCCACGCGUUGAAUCCAGUCAGUUCAGGCCAUCAGGACACUACCCUGUCGUUGCGUUUCCUAAGCCUGUCUAUAGCAGCCAAGUUGAGCCGCACUUUGGGGUUGUGCAUAAGCACAGUGAAAUGAAGGAAUUCAGUAGGACUAUGUUCAAUGGUGGUCCUCCUUUGACGCACGGUUCCGUCGGCACGGGACUUCCGCCUGCUUUCUACGCGGGACAAGAAAAAGCUCACCUCCCUGGCACCAGUUUCAAAUAAAAAACAGGGGCAUUGUUAUGUUGUUAGAGGUGUUGUAUGUAUUAUCAUAUGGCGUUUUUUGCAAUUGGUUUAAAUUAAAGACGAGUGCAUGUUAACGAGAAUUAAUCAAGUGGACUAUUUUUUCCUAUUACUGACUUAAUAUAAAUUAAAGUACAUGAGCAUGUUUCGCAUUUUUCAUGGAUAUUAAUUAAACACAUCACAGGACAAUAUAGACAUCGAAAAAAUGUAAAUAGUGUAUAUGUAGUCAUUGGGAAAUGUCCAUCAUUACCAUAACAUUAAGAUUAUCGAUGUGCUAUACAUAUUAUUUUAAUUUAUUUAUUUAUUUGUUUUAUGUUGGUGUCUUGAAUUAUCAAAACAAAUACUUUAUUAUUAUUGUUAAUAGUUCAUUGCCUGCACGGAGUUGUAGUUGUAAAAGCAUCUAUUGUCUAAUUAGUUAUGGUUGUGGCACUGUAAAAAAUAUACAGAUUUGCAUAAAUUCUCAGGAUGUUUAUAAAUAUCAUUCUAUGUAUCAUGUUGCCUUGUUUUAACGUCAACUCCACAAACAUGUUUUACCAAAUAUGGAAUGUGUGUAGUUUCAAUGCAAUCAUUGUAG